CGAAAUCCCAUCCCAUCGACCAUUUGUGCUUUUCCUUCACUCUUCACUCCUUCGACCACAGCAACCACCUUCAAAAUAAGGAUGAAAUUCACUUACAUAUCUCUAUUUGCAGCAUUUGCAGCGACAGUGCUCGCUAGCAACGUCCUCGAACUCGAAUCGACAACAUUUGACCAGCAUAUCGGUGGGGACGCUCCCGCUCUGGUAGAAUUUUUUGCCCCUUGGUGCGGACACUGCAAGAACCUUGCACCUGUGUACGAGCAGCUCGCUGACGCCUACUCCCACACGCAAAAGGUCAUCAUCGCCAAGGUCGAUGCUGACGGUGCGGGCAAGGAGGCUGGUGCGCGGUUUGGUGUCACUGGAUUCCCUACACUGAAGUGGUUCCCGGCGGGCUCACUCGAGCCAGAGCCGUAUGAGGGACAGAGGGAUCUCGACGCCUUGAUCUCUUUCGUCGAGUCCAAGUCCGGCGUCAAGGCUAAGGGCCCCCCUCCCCCUACUCGCCAGAUCCUCCAGUCGCACGACUUUGACGAAGUAGUGAUGGACCCGUCCAAAGACGUGCUCGUUGCCUUCACCGCUCCCUGGUGCGGCCACUGCAAGAACCUCAAGCCCACGCUGGAGAAAGUCGCACAAGACUUCCAGUCCGAACCCGCCUGCGUCAUCGCAGAGUUCGACGCCGACGCCGCGACGAACAAGCCCAUCGCAGGACGGUACAACGUCAAUUCCUAUCCUACGAUCAAGUUCUUCCCCCGUGGGAAUGACAAGGUUGCUGAGGACUACAUGCAGGGGAGGAGCGAGGAGCAAUUUGUGGAAUUCUUGAACGAGCGCUGCGGGACUUUCCGCUCGUCUGGUGGUGUGCUUAACAGCCUUGCCGGCCGUAUCCCCUCGCUCGACUCCCUCGCCUCCAAAUUCUACUCCUCCAUCCCCGAUCGCGACACCCUCCUGAAAGAAGCUUCCUCCGCAGCAGCCGCGCUCGAGCUAGCGCAGAAGACAAGCGGUGACUACUACCUCCGUGUGAUGAACAAGGUAUCCGAGUCUGGCGAAUGGCUGCACAAGGAGAGCGCGCGGCUCGCAUCUAUCCUCCAGAAGAAGACGCUCGCCCCGGCGAAACUGGACGAGAUUCAGCGCAAAGCUAACAUCCUUGCUUCGUUCGUGGAGGAAAAGCUUAAGGAAGCGGCGGACGAGGCGCAGCACGUGUUCAACGCUGGCAGCGAGAAGGGUGCGGAGGCGACGGAGAGGGUUAGGGAGGAGCUGUAGAACGACUCGAGUCCGAUUGCUUGGAGUGGAGGAGAGUGAAGCAUUGCGCAUAGGAAUAUGCAGAGUAGUAUGUAUGUCACUACUCAGACGUGAGAGCAAGGUAGGAUAUUUAUGCCCAAUCUUUCCCUUUGCCCCGUGCAGGUAGUAGGGCAGGUUCAUCCCC